UUGGAUAAAGCACUGUGUGUUAUUCUGUUUUACCGUUAAUCUGAAGUGAAUGUUUUGUGCAGAGCUGAUUUAUUGGGCUGACGUAAAACAAACAGCGAUAUGAUAUGCGUUUUGUACUGGGGAGAAAGGGUUUAUGUGCGUAUAACAGGGGUUCACCUUUGACCUGGAAUUAAAGGGGCAGGUGAAGCACAACUCCAACCUGUCAGUCCGUAACUUUUUCAUGAGACCAUGGAGGUCUUGAACACAGAGUUUUACGUUUGAAACCCUCGGUUCCAUACCUAGGUAGGAAAUGAUGUUUUUAUUCCAGAAAUAGUGAGUGUGACGUUGUUUCUGUUCUUGAUCGAAAUAGAAAUUGCAUGUUGGUCAUCUGACAUCGACUCAUAAACAAGAAUCCUCUGGCGUGUUUUAUUGCUGCUCUUUGAUAUCCGUAUUGGUGGCCUGUGUUUGCUUUUGACUUUUAUAGGACGGAUCGUAACGCUUACGCUGACUACUCUUUCAUACGUCUUGUCUGUUUUUGAGCAUAAAAACCUCUCGCGUACGUCGUCCUGCUUGUCCUCUUACAAAAAUGUGGGACAAUUCAGAGCAACGGAAGAAAUACUCCAACUCAAAUGUCAUCAUGCAGGAUACGUCGCAGUACCACGUGCAGCAUCUGUCCACCUUCAUCAUGGAUAAGACAGAGUCAAUCGCCACGGUGGACGAUGCCAUCAAGAAGCUCAUCCUGUUGGACUCCAAAGACAAAAUCUGGGCGCAGGAGAUGCUGCUGCAGGUGACGGACAAAUCCAUCAAACUCCUGGACUGUGGGACCAAGGAGGAGCUUGAGAACUUUCCUCUGUCCACCGUCCAUCACUGUCAGACGCUGCUGAACCAGGCGCGAUACCCUUCAGUCCUUCUUCUCAUCUGUCAGGACAAUGAACAGCACAAACCCGACAUCCACUUCUUCUACUGCGAUGAGGUUGAGGCAGAGAUGGUGCAUGCUGACAUUGACAGCGCUCUCGGAGAUGAUCAACGGGGCAAGAAGAUGCGGCCACAGACGCUCAAGCUGAACCAAGAAAAGAUGAAACGCCAUCGGGAGACCAUCAUCCCACCCUCUGAGCCGAAAGGUCCUGCCCCUGGGGUCAAAGGUCGAGUCGCAGCCACAGAUAUGAAAGGUGAUUUGUCGCCGCAGGACCCCGAGUCCAAUAUGAAACUGGCCCAGCUCAUUGAGAAGGACGUGCAAAUCCUGAACUGCGCCCUGGACGACAUCGAGAUCUUCGUGGCGCGUCUUCACAAAGCGGCAGAAGCUUUUGCUCAGCUCAACCAGCGCAACCGAAGCAAGAAAAAUAAAAAGAAGGGACCAGCAGAGGGCAUGUUAACACUGCGAGCGAGACCUCCAUCAGAAGCCGAGUUCGUUGACUGUCUGCAGAAGCUCAAACUUUCUUUUAACCUGCUGGCCAAACUGAAGAAGCACAUCCAGAACCCCAGUGCUGCUGAACUCGUGCAUUUUCUGUUCGGACCUCUUGAGCUAAUAUUGCAGAACUGUGGCAGUCCCGAUCUUCCGCGCAUGGUCCUCUCUCCUCACAUGUCCCAGGACACCGUGGUCUUCCUGAGAGGUCACCUGACCCCUAAAGAGUUGACCAGCUACGAGGUGCUGGGUGACGCAUGGACUCGGCCCAGAGCUGAUUGGCCGAAAGAGCAGUGCGCUCCUCUGUAUGUGCCGAAGUUUCGGAACGGCUGGGAGCCGCCGGUGGAAUUGUUCCGCACAUCGCCAUGGGAGACGGAGAGUGUGGAGGUCCCAAAGAGCGCAGCGUUGCCGAAAUCCCCAGCGCAGCCAGAAUACAGAAAAGAAGAGUUCUUUGGAUCACAGUCGCCGGUGUCGAACGGGUCUUACUCGACGCCGUCUUCUCCUCGCAAGUAUGCAAAGAUUCGCUAUCACUUUGUUGCACGGAACGCCAAUGAGCUCUCAGUUCUACAGGAUGAAGUUCUGGAGGUGUUGGAGGACGAUAAGCAGUGGUGGAAGUUGAGGAACAGAAGCGGUCAGGCGGGAUUCGUGCCGUAUAAUAUCCUGGAUGUCGUGAAGCUAGAGGAACCUUACGGCAUAAACGAUCCACCAUACAGUCCGUCCUAUCGAGGACAGUCUCCCUCCGGCUCAUUGGGGAAUGACAAAGACAGUCACAACCAACACAUGGAAAAAGUGAACGACGAGCUGCUUCUGCUGAUCACCAACAGUAAGGUGAAUCCACCCGCCAGGAACUUUAAGGUGGAACGUCACCCCAGCUCCGCCGUGCCGCUGACCUUUGACUCUAACCCUGCGCAGGUCACCACGUGGCUCAACUCCAAGGGCUUCAGCAAACCGACGGUGGAGCGUCUGGGCAUCCUGACAGGUGCACAGCUGUUCUCCCUCAAUAAGGAGCAUCUGAAGUCUGUGUGCGGAGACGAGGGCUCGAGGGUCUACAGUCAGAUCACUGUGCAGAAAGCACAACUGGAGAAGAGUCAAGGAGAAUCUGAACUCCAGGAAAUCAUGAAGAAACGGCAAGAGAAAAUCGAAUCCGGCGACAUCUGAUCGCGCUCACUGGAACUGUCAAUCAAAGCGUCACCUGGCAACAGUAGCUGAUCGACGGAACCCUUUAAUGAACUCAGAUGAUGAAGUGUAGAUUCUGCCAUGCUGUCCUCCAAACGUCUAAUCUGACGUAUUUUUUAAUUGUAUAUUUAUUGUUGGUGCUUUUUAAUAUUAGUGUAUGUACGGACCUUACUGUCAUUUAUCCAUAUCCAGAAGUUUCCAAAUCUUCUUCAUGUUGAUAAAUGCUUAUAAACUCUUACUGCAUGAAAACAAUGUGCGAGUCAAACAUGUCCAUGUGCAUAUACAGUAUGCUGUAUAUAAAACCUGGACAUAUUCUUGACAGAUUGAGAAUUUUUGUCUGUAAACAGAGUGAAUGUUUAGAAUGUUCUGGAAGUCUGUACUGAGAAAUGCAUCAUGCUGCGUAUGUAAAUAAUGUGCUAAAACUAGUCUCAACACACACGUUCUCAUGCUGAUCAUUGUCAUGUAUGAAUGAAGCAAGAACAGUAAAUUGAUCUCUUUCUAUUCCA